GAAGAGGAAGCAGACGAAGAAGAGGAAGAAGACGGCGAAGAAGAAGAAGAAUUUGCUAGCUGGUUAACUGCUUUAGCACUCCCCUGAUUUUAGCGUUUUGAUAAUGGCGCCUUUAGACCUCGAUAAGUACGUUGAAAUAGCAAGACACUGCAAAUACCUGCCGGAAAAUGACCUAAAGAGAUUAUGUGAUUAUGUUUGUGAUUUACUACUGGAAGAAUCAAAUGUUCAGCCAGUCUCUACUCCAGUUACUGUUUGUGGAGAUAUUCAUGGUCAGUUUUAUGAUCUUUGUGAGCUCUUCAGAACUGGAGGCCAAGUUCCAGACACAAAUUACAUUUUCAUGGGAGAUUUUGUAGACAGAGGAUAUUAUAGCUUGGAGACAUUCACACACCUGCUAGCUUUAAAAGCAAAGUGGCCGGAUCGUAUCACACUUCUACGUGGAAACCAUGAAAGCAGACAAAUAACACAAGUGUACGGCUUUUAUGAUGAGUGCCAAACAAAAUAUGGAAAUGCAAAUGCCUGGCGGUAUUGCACAAAAGUGUUUGACAUGCUGACUGUGGCAGCUUUGAUAGAUGAGCAGGUCCUGUGUGUCCAUGGUGGUCUUUCACCCGACAUAAAGACUUUGGACCAGAUCCGCACCAUUGAGCGAAACCAGGAGAUUCCUCACAAGGGGGCCUUCUGUGAUCUUGUGUGGUCAGAUCCAGAGGAUGUGGAUACCUGGGCUAUCAGUCCACGAGGUGCAGGCUGGCUGUUCGGCUCCAAGGUUACAAAUGAGUUUGUUCACAUAAACAACUUGAAGCUCAUCUGCCGUGCACAUCAGCUGGUUCAUGAAGGCUACAAGUUCAUGUUUGACGAGAAGCUAGUGACCGUGUGGUCAGCGCCCAACUACUGCUACCGCUGUGGAAACAUUGCAUCCAUCAUGGUCUUCAAGGACGUCAACAGACGAGAGCCCAAGCUGUUCCGUGCCGUCCCUGACUCAGAGCGUGUCAUACCUCCCCGCACAACCACCCCUUACUUCCUCUGAUGACAAACGCCAGUUCUGCCUCCUCCUGUGGAGAUUCCAACCCAAAUGUAUUUAUACGCAAAAUAUUCUAAGAAAUUUGUGGGAGUAAUAUCCCUUUCAGGUCUACAGCAUCUUGAGAAACAAAGAGUUUCCCAGAGCUGCAGCCUCUUUGCACCACACUCACUGUUCUGUCAUAAAGGAAAAAACAUCCUCUUCUAUCCCCAGUGAAAAACAGAUCUUUUCCUCAUAUAUUAUCGGUAAAAAUGUUAAAUGGUUUAAUUUUGAUCUUGUGUAUCCCACUGAAGCAAAUAUAAACUAAAUAUAAAGUUUAAACUGAGUGGUAGCUGCCAAUAAUACACACUCAAAUAAGGUGAUAUAUAUUUUUCUUUAAUUAUAACAACAUUAUGAUCUCAUGGUUGCCUUUAGAGAGACUGGUUUCCUCUUCACAUCUCUGGAACUGGGAAAUAAACUGUUGUCAUAGUUGCUCUUGUUGAAACACCUCAGACCCAUUGUACAGCUGCUGAGCCCAUCCUCAUUUCUAGACCUUUUUAAUUUAUUGUUUUUAAAAAGUGACCUGUGUUACUACAGACACUAUGUUUUCUUAGGGCAAACAUUCAGAAGUGUUCAUCUUAAACUGCUCUUUACUUUUUACUUUGUUUUUUUUCAUCACUGUGACUAUUUGACUAAUUUGAUAGUGUGAAGGACUUGCUGCAGAAGAGGCUUUUAUAAGCAAAAGCAAUAUCAUUUAAACUAAAAAUAAAUGUGCAUUUUCUUGAGUAGCUCAAUAGUUGUAUUUGUAGCAGAGAACUGUUUAAGGCAUUUUUCCCAUGUUUAGUAAUGUCAAUAAAACAUAGUUACUUAAACCACAAA